CUUCACUGCACCAGAAACUACAUCCACAUGCACCUGUUUGUGUCCUUCAUGUUGCGUGCCGUCAGCAUCUUUGUGAAGGACAAAGUUGUCCAUUCCAGCGCUGGGUUGCAAGACUUUGACUCUGCCCUUUUGGACAAUCUAAAAACGGUUAGCAUAGCAUCGCUGGACAAGUCUCAAUACAUCGGCUGCAAGGUGACCGUGCUGCUCUUCAUCUAUUUUCUGGCCACCAACUAUUACUGGAUCCUGGUGGAAGGCCUGUACCUUCACAGUCUCAUCUUCAUGGCCUUCAGGUCGGACUCGAAAUACCUCUGGGGCUUCACACUCAUCGGAUGGGGCGUUCCAGCAGUUUUCGUGGCAGUGUGGGCGAUUGUGAGGCUGACACUAGCAGAUGCAAGAUGUUGGGAGUUAAGUGCCGGCAACAUUAAGUGGAUCUACCAGGUUCCCAUCCUGACAGCUAUCGGGCUCAACUUUGUCUUGUUUGUGAACAUUGUGCGAGUGCUGGCCACAAAGAUCCGAGAGACUAACGCAGGAAGAUACGACACCAGGAAACAGUACAGAAAACUGGCUAAAUCUACCCUCGUCCUUGUUCUGGUGUUUGGAAUCCACUACAUCAUCUUUGUGGGGAUGCCUCAUACGUUUGAGGGGCCGAGCUGGGAGGUCCGCAUGUAUUGUGAGCUGUUCUUCAACUCAUUUCAG